AAAAUGAGUUCGAACCAAGGACAUUCGACAAGAAUUUUGAUCAUCGGGAAAACAGGAAAUGGCAAAAGUUCUCUGGGGAACAUCAUCCUCCGCCAGAAGAUGUUUGCUGUUGGGACUGGGAUGGCGUGUACGACGGUAUCCACGGCAACAAGAUCGUCAGCAAGGAAUGGCAGGAUUAUUGAAGUGACCGACACACCUGACCUAAGCAACCAGUACCACACGGUCUCUGAAAUUCAAGCGGAAGUGAAGAAGUGGAAGGGUGACCCCGAGACGACCCCAGACGCCGUUCUGCUGGCUGUUCGCUGUGAUGUUCGCUACACGGCCGAGGAGUUCGCCAUCUAUCAGCAAGUGAAGGAGAUAUGGGGUCGCGACCUUUGUCGGCGGCUUGUGGUGGCCUUCACCUUUGGAGACCGGCAAGACCGUGACCUUGGUGAGGAGCUCGGGACCGUUUGUCGCGAACUGAACAGCGUGUUGAACGACGCCUCGGGUAGGUACGUCCUGUUCCACGGACCAACGAGCUCUCGGAAUGAAGAAGCAGUCGAACUGUUAUUGAAAACAAUUGAUAACUUACCCCAAACUACACUGUGGGUGAUUUGGAAAGGAUGUGGAGAUGUUCUACUAUUCAUAUGGUAUUUGAUAUUAUGGAUGCUGCAGGCUGUAUAUCAAUGUUUUCGGGGCCUCAUCGGGGGCUGGAAUAGAAAGCCUCCCUAUAGGCCGUUGUAGUAAUAAAUAACAACACUGCUUAAGAACUCACAUUUAAAGACCGUUAAACUGUGCAGCAGUAAUCUUAGUUUAGUGUUCAAGUACUUCAUUGUAUGUUGGUUUUCUACAUCUGUUAUCAAGAUAAGUUUGAUGUGACAUCUCGACUAAUCAUUUACUAUUUUAUCAGUGGAUCUAAUAAGCUGGUCAACACCAACACCUAGGUAACUGUGAGGUCCUAUAGUGUUAAAAGUCUAAUAAUAGACACUGUUCUAAUAAAUAAUUAUCUCAGGUACAAGAAGACAGGUAAGCUUUACUGUGGCUCGAAAGAGUCCGCUGUUAGAACUGAUGCUAUAUUUUACACCUAUAGUAUUAGCCGCGUUAGGUGUAUAAAGACCUGUGUUGUACCUUUAUAAGCAAGAAAAACAUAGCUAAAAUGUAAACUUACUUUUUAAAACUGUUUUGUAAGGGUUAUUUAUUGAUCCAAAUAAAAACCACUCAAGUAUAUAUUACAGUUGAAUGAUUGUAUCAUUAUUUCGUCAUUUUUAUUCUCAUCAUCUUUCAACAGGUUAGUGUAUUGAAAUAGUGAAUGUUGGCGCGCGAGACAGAACUUCUUUCCCACACCUUAAUGUAUUUUUAAGAAACGAAUGCUGAAGUAUUGCCACCAAUAGAAAUUUUUCAGAAAUGAGGUCAACAGCAGAAUAUUUCAGAGAAAUAAAAGUUUUGGCUGAA